CUUUUCUGCUCACUAGUAUCCAAAGGGACUGAGGAGUAUGUGAAUACAGAGUAGAAUCUGUGAAAGCAUAUGCUUUUAUGGCUUAAUCAGAGCCAGAAGUGAGAAGUCCAAAGUCAACUGUUCUUGCGCAAACUUUUUCUCGAUCAUUUGUUUUUCGGAUGUCCUGUACUUAUCCGCCCUUUUUAUCCAUCUUCCCUUAAACAAACAGAUACUCUCUUUCACAGGUUUUGAAGGGGAUGAGAAUCUUGUUGCUUACAGUAUUUGUAGUCCUUGUGGCUGCUACGCAUCUUCACUGUGCUGUGUCCCAUGGGGUUCAACCCCUGUCGAAAAUCGCUAUCCACCAGGCAGCUAUUGCUCUCCAUAACAAGGCUUCUAUUGAAGUUUCACCUUCCCUACUUGGAUUAGGAGGGGGAAAUAGAGAAUGGAUUACCGUAAGGUUCAGCUACCCGAAGCCUACAGUAGAUGAUUGGGUGGGUGUAUUUUCUCCUGCCAAUUUCAUCUCAUCGACGUGCUUUGCUGAGAAUCCAAGAGUUUUGCCUCCUCUUCUGUGCACUGCUCCUAUAAAGUAUCAAUAUGCAAAUUUCUCAAAUCCCAAGUAUGUGCACACAGGGAGUGGAUCUCUGAAGCUCCAAUUGAUCAAUCAGAGAGCUGAUUUUUCAAUUGCACUGUUUACCGGUGGACUGCUUAACCCAAGGGUGGUUGCCAUCUCAAAUGUAGUUUCUUUUGUGAAUCCUAAAGCAUCUGUAUACCCACGUCUGGCGCAGGGAAAAUCAUGGGAUGAGAUGACAGUUACUUGGACCAGUGGGUAUGGUAUGGAUGAAGCAGUUCCUGUUGUUGAAUGGGGGCUGCAAGGGGGGAAAGGGACUAUUUCUCCUGCUGGGACACUCACGUUUGAUCGUGGAAGCAUGUGUGGUGCUCCUGCAAGUACUGUGGGUUGGCGUGAUCCGGGUUUUAUUCACACUGGUUUCUUGAAGGAACUGUGGCCUAACUUAGUAUACAAGUACAGGGUCGGACACAGAAUGCUAGAUGGGUCAUAUGUAUGGAGUGAUAGUUAUCACUUUAGAGCAUCUCCUUAUCCAGGUCAAGAUUCGGUCCAAAAAGUUGUCAUCUUUGGAGAUAUGGGAAAGGAUGAGGUGGAUGGUUCAAACGAAUACAACAAUUUCGAGAAGGGUUCUCUGAAUACGACUCGACAACUUAUCAAUGAUUUAAAGAACAUCGAUAUAGUCUUCCACAUAGGAGACAUAUGCUAUGCUAACGGUUAUCUAUCUCAGUGGGAUCAGUUCACUGCUCAAAUUGAGCCCAUUGCCUCAGCUGUUCCGUAUAUGAUUGCCAGCGGAAAUCAUGAGAGAGACUGGCCAGGGACAGGUUCCUUCUAUCAGAAUACAGAUUCAGGAGGAGAAUGUGGUGUUUUAGCUCAGAAUAUGUUCUACGUUCCGGCUGAAAACCGGGAAAAGUUCUGGUAUUCCACUGAUUAUGGAAUGUUCAGAUUUUGCAUAGCUGAUACAGAACACGAUUGGCGAGAGGGAACAGAACAAUAUAAGUUCAUUGAACACUGUCUAGCAUCUGUUGAUCGUCAAAAGCAACCAUGGCUUAUUUUCCUUGCACAUCGUGUCUUGGGUUAUUCCUCUGGUGAUUUUUAUGCUAUCGAAGGAUCAUUUGAAGAGCCAAUGGGCAGAGAGAGCCUUCAAAAGUUGUGGCAAAAAUACAAGGUCGACAUUGCUGUUUACGGCCAUGUACAUAACUACGAGAGAACCUGCCCCGUCUACCAGAACAAAUGUGCCAAUCAAGAGACGAAGGAUUUCAAGGGCGCCUUGAACGGAACGAUUCAUGUGGUUGCUGGUGGUGGAGGGGCGAGUCUUGCUAAAUUUUCGACCCUCCAACCAAAUUGGAGUAUUUUUAGAGAUGAAGAUUACGGGUUUCUCAAACUCACAGCAUUCAACCAUUCAAGCUUAUUGUUCGAGUAUAAGAAGAGCAGCGAUGGGAGAGUUCAUGACUCAUUCACGAUAACGAGAGAUUAUCGAGAUAUCUUGGCGUGCACUGUGGACAGUUGCCCUGCGACAACAAUGGCAUCUUAGUAGUCCUUUCAGAUUAAUUCUACGACAUCUCAUUUUGACCUUUCGAACACUAUCUAUACUUACGCAAUCAAGUUUCCGGAGCAAGAACCUUUUAAAUUUCUGAUAUUAUGCAAAGGGAUCGGAUACGCUAAAGAUGUUCAGAAAUAAGGUAGAGGUUGUUCGGUACACAUGGAAAUGUAAAAACAUUUUACUUGAUAUUCCCAUGGGAAAUAUGUUUGGUUGACAUGAUGAAACUUGAAUUUAAAGGAAAGUUAGUUCCCAUGUAUUGUUUGGUGUAUUUAAUUGAACUUUUGUAUCAUAUUAGCAUGCAAAUGAUAGGAUUUCAAAA